AUGGCCAGGGCAGGUCUGUCUGUAAGCCUCACUCAUUCUCCUGACAGUAACACACUCACACACAUUCACACACUCACACACACACACACACAGCGCAGUGUGGAAUUACGAAUCUGGACCUCGCUGUGGACACCAGAAUAGAUUAUUUUUUUGGACAAAAGUUCUUAUGAGAGUCAGGAGGAAGAAGAACUACAGAGCGGUGCUGGUGUAAGGUUACAGGAUCCUGAGCAGCUUCUCUUCUCAACCUGGUUAAAGGUUCUCACAUUAAAGCUUCUUAUCAUCAUCUGGAACCCAGGAACCCAGUGACACAACCACAGAACCACAGAACCAGUUCUAAUCCGGCUCACCACAUGAAAUGCUACACCUGAAGGAUCCAUCUCCGUGCAUCACAUCUAACAGAGACGCCAAAAUGACCGACGUCAUGAGCCUCGAUAACGCAGAGCAAGUGAGCGACGUGACGCAACUAGAAGAUGCAAAGGAAAGCACGACUCAGGAGGAGGACAUGAAUGGCAUCACGGAGGAAAAAGAUACAAAGAAGGAGAGCAGGACAAGGAAGCGAGAACGGCCGCAGAAGAGCUCGGAGGUCAGCCUGACCGAGGUGGACAACAUGUACGAUGUCGGGAACGUGGAGGACAAGGUGACCGAGAAGGACGAAGCCAACCUGACAGACGUCGCACUAAAACAAGAGAGACUCCUCAAAUCCAACAAACCAGUGCAGAAGAGCUACGUCCCGAAAACGGGCAAAGGAGACGUGAAGAGCAAGUUUGAGGCCAUGCAGAAGGUCAGGGAGGAGAGGAACCGCAUGAGGAGCGAGGAGGAGCAGAAGAAACGCAAGGAGCAGUACAUCAAAGAGCGUGAGAGGAUCCGCAAAAAGCAGAUGAUAAAAGAGCUGCUCGCCUCCAGCGACGAGGAGGAAGAGGAAGUAAAACCGGCCAAAGCUGAGAAAUCCUACGUCCCCAAGAUCAUCGGCAGCGUGAAGGGGAAGUUUGCUGAGAUGGAGAAGCAGAGAGAGGAAGGCCAGAAGAAGAAGAUGGAGGAAGAGAGGAAGAAGCGCAUCACUCAGGAGGCCAUAGAGAAAGCCAAGAUUCAGAAGGAGUUAGCCAAGAAGGCGGAGGAGGAAGGAGACAACAGCGUCUUGGUGCGAGUCGUCCCGGCCAAAUCGCAGAAGCAGCCCGGGAAGAUCAAAAUGAACUUUGAGGACAUGGAGAAGAGCCGAGAGGAGGAGAUAAAGAAGAGGAGUGAGGAGGAAAAGAAGAAGAGAUACGACGAGAACCGGCGCUCGUUCAGAGAGGCCAAGCGACACUCCGUUUCCACAAACCAGGAUGGUGAGGAGAGCCAGGGGAAAGAGAAGGAGCGCGUGACUCCAGGAAAACUGCGUCUGACCUUCGAGGAGCAGGAGAAGGAACGUCAGGAGCAGCAGAGGAAGCAGGCAGAGGAGGAGGCCAAGAGGAGGCUCCAGGAGGAGAGGAAAGCUUUCGAGGAGGCCAAACUGGGCAUGGCUCAGGACGACGAGGACGCGAGCGGCGAGCAGGCGGAGAAGGAAGAGGUCCGGCCGGGAAAACUGAGGCUCAGCUUCGAGGAGCUGGAACGACAGAGACUGGAGGAGGAACACAAACGUGUGGAGGAAGAAAGGAAGAGACGCAUCCUGGAGGAGAGGAAAGCCUUCGCAGACGCCAGGAAGAGCAUGCAUCUAGACGAGGAAGAUGACGUCCUGCUAGCAGCCAUGAGCGUGGAUGCCGGGGCCACUCCAGGAAAACUAGCCAUCAGCUUUGAGGAACUGGAGAGGCAGAGACGCGAGGAAGAGCAGAAGAAGAAGGAGGAAGAGGCCAAGCGUCGCCUGGAGGAGGAGAAGAGGCUGUUCGCCGAGGCUCGUAAGAACAUGGAUCAGGACGAUGCCUCGCCGCUUGUUGAAGGAGAAGUGCAGGAUGAGGACGACACCCUGGUGAGGACGGAGUCGCAGGAAGCAAUGCAUCCUGGGAAACUGGAGAUCAAUUUUGAGGAGAUGAUGAAGAUGAAAGAGGAGGAGGAGAGGAAAAGGAAGGAGGAAGCGCGGCGUCAGAAGAUGGAGAUGGAGAAGAAAGAGUUCGAGCAGCUGCGUCAGGAGAUGGGCGAGGAGGAGAUCAACGAGACGACGGAGGUGGUGAGCCCCGAGUAUGCAGAGCUGACAAAACUCAAGAGAACCGGCUCCAUCCAGGCCAAGAACCUGAAGGUGAAGUUUGAGAAGAUCAAGCAGCUCACAGAGGAGGAGAUCCAGAAGAAGAUUGAGGAGGAGAGAGCGAGGAGGAAAGCCAUCGAUGAGGAGAUCAAAGAGAGGGAAGCCGAGCGCUGUGUGGAGGACGAGGGUGAGGACAUGAAGGGUGCUGUGAAAGCGGAUGAUGUGCCCUUCAGGCAGAAAGUGGACAUGCGUGCACGGUUCGAGCAGAUGGCCAAAGCACGCGAGGAGGAGGAGAAGAGGAGGAUCGAAGAGCAGAAGCUCCAGAGGAUGCAGUUCGAACAGCAGGAAAUCGACGCCGCUCUCCAAAAUAAAAGGGAGGAUGAAGAUGAAGAGGAAGGCAGUGUGGUGAACGGCUCUACGGCCUACGACGAGGAGGAUGAUCACGGUCGGUCGGGCGCUCCGUGGUUCAAAAAGCCUCUGAAGAACCAGACGGUGGUGGACUCUGAGCCUGUGCGCUUCACGGUUAAGAUCACGGGCGAGCCCAAGCCUGAGGUGACGUGGUGGUUCGAGGGUGAGCUCCUGCAGGACUGCGAGGAUUAUCAGUACAUCGAGCGAGGCGAGACCUACUGCCUCUACCUGCCCGAGACCUUCCCCGAAGACGAGGGCGAGUACAUGUGCAAGGCUGUGAACAGCCGCGGAAGCUCCGCCAGCACGUGUAUCCUCACUAUCGAAACUGAGGACUACUGACACGCCCAUCUGUCUCUCUCUCUCCGGAACUUUCCCUGUCUUCUUCAUGUCUUUGUUCUUUUUUUUUUAAAGUUCAUAUCUCCUGGUAGGGCCAAACAUUCUUCUUCAGACGAGGAAAAGCAGCCUGUGUGUGUUUGUGUGUGUUUAUUACCAUUCCUCCAAAGAAUCGGCUCAAAGGUGAAGUGAACGCUGUGUUUAUGUUCAGAAGCUGCCCUCACUGUCAGAAAGCAGAUUCUCAGUACCAAAAACACAACAUGCAGUUUCCAUGAGCUGUAAAUACAGACACUUCGGUUUGAAAAGAUUUAUGGCUUGAAUAACGCAACAGGGUCAACUGCUGUUUCUACUUUACGGAGGAAUGAAGGAAGUCGACUGUUUAAGAGAGUCAGAUCUCUCAGAAAUCCAACACCAAAACGAUUCGUUUAAGAUUAAACCGGAAGAUGUCGGAAAACUUAAUUCCAGCUCAGACUGUUACAAAGCGCUGACACUGGAGACUCCUUCCACACGUUUCAUGAUAGUCUCUGUCACGACUCGAUCCGUACCGGAGACACAGUUUGUACUGCGCAUGUGCGGAAAUACGUCUACUUCUUGUCUGAAUUAUCAUGAAACGAUUUACAGCAGUUUAUUUACACGGCAGAACACCUCUGCAUUUCUAGAGGCCACACCUCUUUAUUACUAGAGGCUACAACUCUGUAUUUUGAAACGACAUGAGUCGAGGUCAGUGAUUUCUGAGUGACCUGUUACUCUAACAGUUCUUUAUUAUUAUUUUUUUUUAUGGGAUGCAGGAACAACUGUUUUCAUCCUCUCUGUGAUUUAAAAGUCGCUCGUUUGAUGAAUUGUUGACAUUUUCAUGUGUUUUUAUGUGGAAUUCUUGUGAUUAGCCGAUCAAAACACUCUGCUGAGGUUUGCAUAAAGUGAGUUUUA